AUGGCGAGUGGACGCGCGAAGUGGGUCGAGGGCAGAUCAGCCAUUGUGAAGCCAAAUACUGCCUGCCGUUCACCGCUUCACCGCAUGCUUGUUGCCCGACGAGUCAACGUCAGCACGCACCCGUCAACACUCACAUCAAAAAUCACUCCCAUCAAGAAUCGCAUCAGCUCCAAAUCGCUCUCACAACCAUUUUCUUCUUUUCAAGGCUGGACGAUCUACGACGGCUCAGGUCACCUUAUUGGUCAGCGUCACGAAAAUCCUGCCUGGACGGGGUCCUGGCAUUGGGUUCGCGAAUGA